GAAAAACAAACAAAAAGAUUCUUAAAUGAGUGCCCUGAUGCAUCUCAGUAACCCAGGAAGAUUUUUAUUUUUAUUCUUAAAUAAGUUCUCAAUGAGCAACAUUUUGAUCUGUGAGAUUAAAUUUCUCUCCCUGCUUUCCUGACCCAGACCCUGUCAGAGGUGUCAGAACCUUCCCUGCGCUCCUGGUCCCGGUGCCUCCCGCGUGCCAUGACGCACUAGGAGAGCGCGCGCUCCCUGCAGCAGCCGCGAGGAUGAAGAGGAGCUCAGUGAUGAAGAGGAGGAGGAGGAGGAGGAGGAGGCGCGCCUGAAGCCGUUUCUUUGGGGACUCUCAGAGAGAGGAUGGACCUAACGAGCUGCCGGUCCUGAGGGGGGGACAUGGGGGACCGACGCCCGCGGACACGGACUCUCGGGGGUCUCGCCACCAAACCCCGGAUCUCCAAGGAGACCAAGCUCCGGCUGCGCGUGAUCUUCCUGGAUGAGAGCGAGCGCACGUUUGAGGUGGAGCAAAAUGUUUUAGGUGGCGACUUCUUCAACAAAGUUUGUGGUCAUCUGAAACUACUGGAAAAGGAGUACUUUGGACUGGAGUUCAGACAUCACAGUGGCCAUUACGUUUGGUUGGAAUUGCUGAAGCCUCUAGUCAAACAGAUUAAAUACACCAAUGAUUUAUUCUUUAGGUUUAUAGUCAAAUUCUUCCCUCCAGAUCCUGGACAACUAAAGAGAGGUCUCACGAGGUAUCUUUUUGCCUUACAGAUAAAACAGGAUUUAUCCAACGGCAGUCUGACCUGUAACGACAACAGCGCCGCACUGCUGGUCUCACACAUACUGCAGGCAGAGAUCGGGGACUACGACGAGGAGCUGGACUAUCAACAUCUGGACAUGAAGCACUAUGUUCCCAAUCAGGAGUACUUGGACAACAAAAUCCUCAAAUUUCAUAAAAGACACAGAGGUGCCUCUCCAGCAGACUCAGAUGUCCAGCUGCUGGAGGUGGCCAGAAAGCUGGAUAUGUACGGCAUCAGGCCUCAUGCUGCUCAUGACGGGGAGGGGAUGAGGAUUAACCUGGCUGUCACACACACUGGAGUUCUGGUCUUUCAGGGAAAUACCAAAAUCAACACCUUCAGCUGGGCGAAGAUCCGCAAACUCAGCUUCAAACGCAAACACUUCCUCAUUAAACUUUAUGACAAAGUUGGGCCAUCGUGUAAGGAUACGUUAGAGUUCGCCAUGGCGAGCCGUGACGUUUGUAAAUCGUUCUGGAAGACAUGUGUGGAGUAUCACGCCUUCUUCAAGCUAGCUGAGGAACCAAAGCCCGUCCAUAAAACUCUGCUAUCCUGUAAAGGAUCCACGUUUAGAUACAGUGGAAGAACCCAGAAACAGCUGCUGGAGUGUAUGGGAUCAGGAGAGAAGAAGUCUUCACAGUUUGAACGGACCUACUGCCAGUCAGACUUCGAUUCCAGACAGUGUCGAUCUUCUCCUGAUCUCCUCACGGACGUCUCCAAACAGUUAUACGAACAAUCACUCCCGUUCCCCCAGCCGAGCCGAGCUCUGGCCGUCCACAGUCAGGACGAAAUGGACCGCCAUCGCCGAGGUCUAAGUGACACUGAAAUGAAGACAGCGUCUAAACGCAGCCAAUCGUCUAGUCUUGUCAACCAAAGGCCACACCCCCUGGCUCAAGUCACUCCCCUUUCCCCAUCCCUGGGCCAGUCAACCCCCUCGCCAAAGUUACGCACUUCCUCUGCAUCCUUAAUGGAGGACGCAAGGGGGGCACGGAACGGAGCACAGCGCCAAGCCCAAAGGCUAGCCGGUGUUUACGGCAACCGGUCGAGACGUCGGCCGAACCCACAGCCGUAUGCUGACGCUGCACAGCAGCUGGUUCUCCUCUACCCCAACACACCAGCUUACCAGUAUCACCCGGUCCUCCCAUCCUUCCCAUUUGCCGGUCCCUCACUGCUAACCAGACAUCCAUAUUUAUCAGACUACGUCAGUGUUUCUUCACUAGAGCGGCUCCCUCAUGUAAGGAGGCGGGACUUUGUGUCAGUGGAUGGCGUCUCACGGCCGUCUUUCUACCCGUUAGCCCACGAUUCGCCAUCUGCGUCACCAAUAAGGAGGGACUUUCGCCCGUGUGGUUCAGGCGGUCUGGGACUGGCGAAGGUCUACCAGACGGGAAGCAACGGAUCGAGGCUUUUAGGCGUUGGACAUACGGAGGCGGGACAUUACAGCGACGACUCCAACUUCCUGCCUGGGUUGCCUCGCCGUGUGGCGAGCCAACCGGAUGUCAAGUUCCACCUCUCGAGGAGUACAAACCCAACCUUCAACCCCGCCUCUGAGUUUCGACCCCUUGGGUACUACCCUCACCUGACGCGGCCCUCCCGACCCACCUACCUCCCACUUAACUCCUCCCCGCUCCCUGAACGCCCCACCUCAGUAUGUAUGAUCGGCGGGACCUCAGGGAGCUACAGCGACUCCGAUCCCGAAGUUUUCUAUCCGUACUACUGCCCACCACACCAGCUGGGGAAAGUGGUACGGCCCGCCGGGUUAGCCCGGAUGAGGUUUUCCUCCGGAAGCCUUCAGCUGGAUGAAGAAGAAGAGGGGAAUGAGGAAGAGGAAACGGCUAAAAAAGAUGUAAAAGGUGGACUGGACAAGAAGCCAAGGAGUGAAGGAGAGGAUUCAAGAGGAGCAACAAAGAUUACUCAAGUCACGCUUUAGACACGAAACGGUUUAAGAUGUGACAGAUUAUACUAAAAACUGUAAACAAACAGAAAACAUGAUUCGUGUUUGUAAAGUGACAUGUUUUAAGAUGUGAAAUGACCGCACUGUUGCCUUGUUUUAGUAAAAACAGUUUGUUAAAAAUGAUGUUUUGGGUUUUAUUCCUGAUAUGUUAAGAAAUCUACAGGUUCAGUAAUACCUCACAAACAGUUUUUGUUUACUGGCCAACAAUAAUAAAUGUACAUUACCAUUAUGAAA